UAGAAUGUGAUUGCUCGAGCUCGACGGACACACGGCGGCUUUUAUUUUGAAGUCCGCUCCCUGCCGUUUUGAAAAAAUCUGCGUGAGAAGGAAAAAAAUCCAUUCUUCAGUUUGACCUUCGACAAGACAACAGGUGGACGUGAUAUUCCAGCAUCAUGGCGGCGGAGGCCAAGCAGAGCAGUUAUGAGGGAAGUGAAGUAGAAAGUUUCCAAUUCUACCUCCAACACUCUGGCGAGCAUCAAGCUGUUGUCCAGUUUCUCACCAAGAACUUGCCAGACCAACUCAUAAGAAUGGGAGCAGACAAAAGUAGCCUGGCUGUUCUGGGCGUGGGAAGUGGUGGAGGCGAAGUGGAUGUCCACAUGCUGUCCCUCAUGCAGUCCACCUUCUCCACUCUUCCCAUCACCGCUGACGUCGUGGAAGGAAGCGCCGAACUGGUUGCCAAAUUCAAAGCACUGGUAAAAAGGACUGGUAACCUGCAGAAGAUUCCAUUCACCUGGAACACCAUGCCCAGUGAAGAGUAUAUCCAGAAAGCCAUUGGAAGCGGGGACAUGAAGACUUUUGACUUCAUACACAUGAUUCAGAUGCUGUACUAUGUGGAUGACCUGACCAAAACAAUGCAAUUCUACCACGGCCUUCUGAACAAGAAUGGCAGGCUCAUGAUCAUUAUAGAAAGUGCCAACUCUGGCUGGGACACUCUGUGGAGGACCUUCUCCAAGGAGCUGUGCAACGAGACGCUCCCCGUCUAUCGCUCGUCUUCUGACGUCCUGGCCUCCCUGAAGAGUCUGGGUCUGAAAUACGGGGAGCAUUUCGUCCCCAACACCUUCGACGUGACGGAGUGCUUCGAUCCGGACAGCAAGACCGGACAACGUCUGCUUAGUUUCCUGACAGCCAGAGAGAGCUUCUACCAGUCGUUCACGCCGCAAAUAAGAACCGACAUACUAAACCUUCUCAGGAGGGAGUGUAGCACGGAGAAAGAGGGCAAGGUGUCUUUCAACAGUGACUUAAGCUGUGUGUUUGUUCAUGCUUGAACCUCUGGAUUCAUGUGUUGGAAUAAUUCUAUAUAAGUUAUCACACAACUCUUAUGCUUAAAGGCCUUUGCUAUAGUUAGUAUCUAUUGUGCUCAAGCUGUACUUUUUUUCCCGUGCAGAGGCACACAACUUGUUAUCUUCCACUGCAAGUUAGGAGUUGCCUCGCCGAAGAUAUUUCUGUCUUUCAGCCCGCUAACAACCGAGGACGGACCUCAAGCACCUCAACGAAGACAGACAAAGCAGAGACAAGGCGCAAUCACAAGACCCCCAGCACAUUUCCGUUUUGAAUAAUCACGAAUUGUGCCAACUGAUCUGCUUGCAUAAUGUGUGACCCCCUCCCUUUAGAAGCAGCCUCAGCGAUGUAACUAGGGAACUCCUGAAUAAAAUGGGGGGCGCGUGGGCUGUUCCUCAGAGCGUAGGGUGAGACUGUAACUCGAGUGUGCAGCUCCAUGCGUUCUCCUCAUGAGCAAAAUUGAACUCUGUCUCUGCCUGAUUCCUUGGUUCUUCUUUAAUAGAUAGUUUGGUGCUUAAACCUGACACCAUGGUUGAUUAUCAGUGAUCAACUCAGUCUCCAAAGACAAUCAAACAUCACAAUCUGCUCAUUUGCAGAACUGAUUUGUGAAGUGAAUUGUAUUUAUAUAGCGCUUUUCUGUAGUGACUCAAAGCGCUUUUAUAUAGUGAAACCCAAUAUCUAAGUUACGUUUAAACCA